GUGAGGCGCCCCCAAUAAUUCCUCGGCCGCAGCCAGCAGCCAUCAGCCCGGUACAGCAGCCUGGCCGUCGAUGAGCGAGUGACCUCCAUCCAUCCACUCCGACCUCGCUGCGUCCGGCCAGCCAGCUCCUGCCUGCCUGCGCCCUUGUUCCCAUGCGCCGCAAGAAGCCCGCCUCUCACCUCAGCUCGCGGCCCCAGAGAAUCUUUCUUCCUUUCUCUUUCCUGACCUCACCUUACCUCAUCCCCCCUCCCCUCCCUUUCUUUAUCCCCCCCUCCCUCUGCUCUGCUCUGCUGACGGACAGGGGAGCGAGCGAGUCAAGUGAGGUGCGCCGAGCGAGCGAGCGAUGGCGGCACGGGGAGGAGCUCGCGCCGUCGCGCCGGCCGCUCUGCUGCUCCUGCUUCUCCUCGCCUCAGGCGGCGGCGGCGGCGUGCAUUGCCUGAGGUCAAGGGCGGAGAGCGGCGCCACGGUCCUGGAGCUGCGGCACCACGCCAGCUUUAGCUCAGGCGGCAAGAGCAGGGCGGAGGAGGCCCACGCCGUCCUGGCCUCCGACGCCGCCAGGGUCUCGUCGCUGCAGCGGCGCAUCGGCAGCUACGGGCUCAUCAGGUCGUCGGACGCGGCGUCGGCGUCCAAGCUGGCGCAGGUCCCCGUCACCUCCGGCGCCAGGCUGCGGACGCUCAACUACGUGGCCACCGUGGGCAUCGGCGGCGGCGAGGCGACGGUGAUCGUGGACACGGCCAGCGAGCUCACCUGGGUGCAGUGCGAGCCGUGCGACGCCUGCCACGACCAGCAGGAGCCCCUCUUCGACCCCUCCUCGUCGCCGUCCUACGCCGCCGUGCCCUGCAACUCCUCCUCCUGCGACGCGCUGCGGGUGGCCACCGGGAUGUCCGGCCAGGCGUGCGACGACCAGCCGGCGGCCUGCAGCUACACCCUCAGCUACCGCGACGGCUCCUACUCCCGCGGCGUGCUGGCGCACGACAGGCUGAGCCUGGCCGGCGAGGACAUCCAGGGCUUCGUGUUCGGCUGCGGCACCAGCAACCAGGGCCCGUUCGGCGGCACGUCCGGCCUCAUGGGGCUCGGCCGGAGCCAGCUCUCCCUAAUAUCCCAAACCAUGGACCAGUUCGGCGGCGUGUUCUCCUACUGCCUGCCGCCCAAGGAGUCCGGCUCGUCGGGCUCCCUCGUCCUCGGCGACGACGCCUCGGUGUACCGGAACUCCACCCCGAUCGUGUACACCGCGAUGGUCUCCGACCCGCUGCAGGGGCCCUUCUACCUGGCCAACCUGACGGGGAUCACCGUCGGCGGCGAGGACGUGCAGUCCCCGGGGUUCUCGGCCGGCGGCGGCGGCAAGGCCAUCGUCGACUCCGGCACGAUCAUCACGAGCCUGGUGCCGUCCGUGUACGCGGCGGUGCGGGCCGAGUUCGUGAGCCAGCUGGCGGAGUACCCGCAGGCGGCGCCCUUCUCCAUCCUGGACACCUGCUUUGACCUGACGGGGCUGAGGGAGGUGCAGGUGCCGAGCCUGAAGCUGGUGUUCGACGGCGGCGCGGAGGUGGAGGUGGACUCCAAGGGCGUGCUCUACGUGGUCACCGGCGACGCCUCGCAGGUGUGCCUGGCUCUCGCCUCCCUCAAGUCCGAGUACGACACCCCCAUCAUCGGCAACUACCAGCAGAAGAACCUGAGGGUGAUUUUCGACACCGUCGGGUCUCAGAUCGGCUUCGCGCAAGAGACUUGUGAUUACAUUUGAUUUGACCACGGAGCUCUGCGUGUGCGUGUGAAUAUCCUAUAGUUGGGGAUUUGUUUUGGGACCGAUCGAUCGAUCACCACUGGUGAUUGGCAAUUGGCAAUACGGUAUUUAGUGAUUGGCAAAUGUACGUACAAGCGUUUGUAGUACUAGUUGCUCUAGGUUGUUUCUUCUUCUUCUUCUUCUUAUUUCAUUUCUUUGUGCUUUGGAGCUGCUGGGUUUUUGUUUUAGUGUGCCCUGGUGCUGAAAGGGGGAGAUGAUUGUGGAAUUGUCAAGCUAA